GCCUCCCCGAGGCCAGUGCGCGGCCGCAUAGCUAGGCCCGCCCAUCGCUCCGCCCCGCAAGAAAGCCGGCGCCACCAUGGAGGAGUAUCAUCGCCCCUGCGAUGAGGUUGGUUUCAAUGUCGAUGAAGCCCAUAAUAUUGUUAAAGAGUGUAUAGAUGGAGUCUUGGGAGGUGAAGAUUAUAAUCAGAACAACAUCAACCAAUGGACUGCAAGCAUUGUGGAACAAUCCCUAGCACAUCUGGUUAAGCUGGGAAAAGCUUAUAAGUAUAUUGUGACCUGUGCAGUGGUCCAGAGGAGUGCAUAUGGCUUUCACACAGCCAGCUCAUGUUUUUGGGACACCACAUCUGAUGGAACCUGUACUGUAAGAUGGGAAAACCGAACCAUGAACUGUAUCGUCAACGUCUUUGCCAUUGCCAUUGUCCUGUAGCAGGCUAAAAAUGUUCGGCCAAGGCCAUUAACUUAAGAAUUUGUCAGUGUAUCCUUUCUAAAAAGAGUAACAGUUACUUAUUCAUGUGCUAGAUGACAAGUGUGCAAUAUGCUUCAAAGCAAUCAACAAAAACUGAGUAGUGCAAGCAAGCAAUCUUGUAGGAAGUCGGCAGAUUGUCUCAUAUUCCAUACAGCAUCAUUGAAAUAGGAAACACUUAAUGUUAGCAAAAAACAAAUGCAGAAAUAUGGCAUGACAUGAACAUACAGUCUUACAUUUACACCAGCUUUUCACUAACAAUAUGCACCUAAGGAGAUGGGGAAAUCCAUUCAGAUAAUUAAAUUUUUGUUCAGCUAGAAAAGUUAACAGGGAUAAAUAUAUGGACAAAAAAGCUGCAAGGAUAAAUGUGGAGAAAAUAAUAAUUAGUUAAUACGUCUUAAUUAUUUCUCCUUCUUACUUAGUUGUACAUAUGAUUUAGUGGAAAGUAAUCCCAUUCCAUUUUUUUUUUUUUUGGACUGUGCCACGCGGCUUGCAGGUUCUUAGUUCCCCGACCAGGGAUUGAACCCAUGCCCUCGGCAGUGAAAGCGCAGAGUCCUAACCACUGGACAGCCAGGGAAUCCCCAAUUCCAUUCUUUUUUCUCCUAUCAACUAAUAUUACAGUAGCAACUAUUAUUAACUUGUUUGCUUUUUCUGAGAAUGGUUAAAUCGGUUUUUUGUUUGUUUUGUUUUCUUGGGUUGUUUUGUUUUGUUUUGUUUUGCUACACCGCGUGGCUUGUGGGAUAUUAGUUUCCUGACCAGGGAUUAAACUCGCACCCUCGGCAGUGAAAGCAUAGAGUCCUAACCACUGGCCUGCCAGGGAAUUCCCUUAAAUCAGUUUUUUAAAUUUCAAAUUCUUAGAUUUACAUUUGAGGGCGAAUUAAAUCAGGUAACUUGAAUUCCCUAGCUAAACAAAAUUAGUUACAGUGUAUGAUGAAAAGUAUAUGACUCUAACAGCUGCCUUACGAUUCAUUCAUUCCAUGUGGAACAAACAUUUACUGAAUGUCUGUUAUGAGCUAGUUCUCUGCUAAUUAUAGUUAUCAAUAUGCUGUUCAAAUUCUGUUUCUUUUGGUACCAAUUCAGUUGGACAGCUAACAUUUAUGUUUGGGAAAGAAAAAAGAAAGAGUUGUUUUACAAGAGAGGAAAAAGUGACUCUGGUUAUCCAGGUAGAAGUAAGCAAAUGACAAGCACUUAUUGCUGACAGAGAAUUAUAGAUGUAAUUUUAAGAAUUGCUCCUGGCAAGCAAAAAAAAUGCAUAAAAUAUGCAACUCUUAGUUAAAGGCCUUAUUAGCAGUCUAAUAUACAAGCAGUAAAUUUUGUCAUUGCUUUAGCUACAGUCAUCUGUAAAUAAUUUUUAAUACUUAUGCGAGGUUCAAAUUGAGUGGAAUAAAGUGUAAAUUAAAAGAAUACAAUCAUUAGCAGGUUACUGAAUAUCUCAGGGCUUAUGAAAUGUAGUUAAAUCUAUUAAGAAAAUAAAAGAGAAAAAAUAGGGUACACAGCUGGCCACCAAAUGCGAAGUCAACCUGCUACUUAACCUUGAAAACAAAAUCAGUUUUGCAUAUUACCACUAACACUAACUAAUACACAUAGGGAGUGGAACCGUGAUUCAUUGAAUUCUGAGGGGAAAGAAAAGCUUAGUGUUGACAAUAUUAAGAUGGUAUUCUUGCAGGAAUGCCAUGUGCAUGUUUGAUAUCUUGCUGAGUAACAGUAAUUGUUCAGUGUUGAAGAAGAGGAAGAAAAUACAAGGAUAGAGUUUAAUGCAGUGAUCUACAUUUUGGGCACGUCAGAAAUUUUCAGCCAUUACCUUUAUGUUAGUUUAAGUUGCUGGCUUUGGUGCCCUUGAAGAUUAUAAUAGUGACCAAAAUAUAUCUGUGCAGUUAAGGCUCGCUUUUGAUUAUUGUUAUUGAAGCCUGAUUUUAAAAGAAUAAUAAUGAAAAUACCUCGUGAACUUGCUAUCUUCUCUGUUUCUAGUUAAAAUGUAAUAAAGAUUAUCCUCCUGCACUGUA